ACAGACAGGAAGUGAUGUCAGGAACAGACAGGAAUCAGAGAGGAGACAUUGGUGGACAUGGCAGCAGAGGAGACCAAUGAGGAUGGAGGAGGACCGGAGUCACAUGACUGAGAAGAUACUAAACCUCACCCUGGAGAUCAUCUACCUGCUGACCGGAGAGAGAUUUCCUCUUCUGAAGUCAGGUGAUCAUAUGACCAUCACAGUGCCUCCAUGUGACUCCCUAAACCCUGAGAGCCACAACAUGCAGAAGAUUCUAGAAGUCACCAAGAAGAUGAUGGAGCUGCUGACAGGAGCGAUUGAAAUCCUCGGGGAUGAUAAUAUUGAUGUUAAAGAAGAGUAUAAAGAGGAGGAUGAGGAGUAUGGAGUGAUGGAGGAGUUUUCAGAAGGACACAAGGAUAUGAUGGAGCCACCUAAUACCAGGAACCCACCAGAGAGAUGUCCCCGUCCUCUGUAUUCCUGGGAUUCCACACAGGAAGAUCACACCAUCCCUCACCAUUACAAGGGUGAAGAUCUGAUAAAUAUAAAAGUUGAGAUUAAAGCAGAAGAAGAAGAGGCGUAUGUGAGGGAUGAUCAGCAGUCUAUGGAGGAGGAUGGAAUAACGGGGACAUUUAUAGAGGGGGACACUCCUACAGAGAUCAGCACAGGCCGGGAGAUGAGGAAAACCUCUGAGGAUUGUCUCACUUUAUCUCCAGACUGGAAAGUAGAAGAUGAGGACAUCACACAGUAUAGUCCAGGAGAA